AUGGCUUCCUGGAGCGUACCCUUGAGAGAACAAUAUGCACCGAUAAUCUCCUCGCCCUUGAAUCCGUCAAGGCCUGAGACAUCGAAGCGACGCAGGCGGAUAUACUACACCCAAGUCGCUAGACGCGAGCAGAGUCCGACACAGAUAUUACUGCGCCGAAAGGCGAAAGUAGCGUGGAGGUUAAUGUCUCCGAGGGACUAUAGCAUCACGAAUCGCCCCCAAACGAUACCCAAUGGCACGAAUUUCACGGCGACCAAGCCACAGGACAACUAUUAUCCCAUCGGAACUGUUGCAGAGUACUAUUUACGAACCGAUUUGGAAUGCCACGACUUUGGCCUGAAUGUGGGCAUGCGGAGGAUGGAUAUGGAGAAGCAAGCAUUUGCUACCGGCGACUACCAAGGCGGCUCGCUACCAGAAGCGUAUCAGCUUUUGCACAUGUUAACGACGUGGCGGUCAAUAGCGACGAUGGGGGUCUUGUGCAUUGCUGGAGUUCUCUUGGCAAUCCGCGUGGUCGGUAUAACCCAGGCUUGGCGAACGUGA